AUGGCGCUCACCUCCUACCAGUUUGAGCCACGGGAGAUGGUGUUCCCGGUGGAGGCGGGGCAGCACCGGCUGGUGUGGGUGUAUAGCAAGGAUGACAAGUGGAGCAAGGGGGAAGACAUCGCCACCAUCCCGGGCACGGCGCGGCAGGCGAGCUACGAGGGGGGAGCGGGCAGCAGCGGAAACAUCUUGGAGGGGCGGUGCGAGGCGUGCAGCGCAGGGCAGGUGGCGAUGAAGACCCUGUCGCUGAGGCACUUCAGCAUGCAGCCCAACGGCGCACUGCCCCCCAACUUCACCACCGGCUGCCACGGUGACUGCGGCACCUUCGGCUGGCGCGCCUUUCAGGACCACCUCGACUCGGGCAGCGGCCACGGGCCCACCGCCACGGUGAGACAUGGAUGGACGCAUGGAUGGAUCACGGACCACGGGCCCACUGCCACCGUGAGGACGGAUGUGCUCACUGCUCACGCCCACUGGAGGCAUUUCAAACAAGGCCGCAAGUGGCUUAUUAUUCCCAUGAAUUCCUCUGGCCUCAGUGGUUCCUACUUCCCUUGUCUCCCUCACCUCUCUUCCCCACUGCUGCUGCUGCUGCCACCCCUGGCGCCCCUGCGGCAUCAGAUAUGGCUGGCGCUGGAGGUGCACAUGGCGGUGCGCGGGUACAUGACCUUCAACUACUCCGUUGACAUCCUCCCUGGCGACCCUGGCCGCGCCUUCUUCUUCUUUAUCGACCAUGACCUCAUGGACUAUUUGGAGCAGCAGCGCCUCUCCAUCCUCCCUCCCUUGUCCAACCAAUUGCUCCCAUCGUCCCUUCCCACUCAUACCCUCCCACCCCUUCCCUCUGCCCCUUCCGUCCGCCAGCAACAACGGGUGGAGUGGGAGGAGGGCGGGGAGCAGGAAGAGCACCCGGGGGCGGGGGAGGAUGAGACGCGCAUGAGUGGCAUGUGGGAGCUGGAUGUGGGGCGGCACUCGCUGAUGUGGGUGUGGCAGAAGCUGGAUGACACGGGAGCCGCUACCAGGACCACGCGGGACUCUGCUGUCAUCUAUGACAUCCAUAUAGAGGGAGUGGCGGAGGGCGGUGCAGCGCGGUGUGAGGAGGUGCCGCCGGGGUCAACGCUAGCAGCCGGGGGCGACUUGUACGUGCCGUGUCCCCCCGGCACCUUCAGUGAGGGCGGUGCCUCAUCCUGCCUGCCGUGCCCACCUAACACCUUUAACAACAAGCCCCAGGGCCCGCAGUGGGAGUGCAUGCCGUGUGGGGCGGGCACGUCGUCCCUGGCGGCCAGCACGGAGUGCUUCAUCGGUGAUGCCGCCCGCCCCGCCUCCUUCUGCACCUUUGACCUCCCCACUCACGCGCUGCCUCGUAUCCCUAACCCCCCCCAGGAGGGGCAGGAGGGGGAAGGGGGUGCAGAGCGGGAGGAAGAUGGGAAGGGGAAGAGGGGGAUGGAAGGGGGAGCAAGGGAAGGGGGUGCAUUUCCGGGCGCGGUGGGUGGUGUGAGGGGCAAUGAGUCGGCAGCAGCAGUGGUGUUUGACCUCUCCCCGCUGUCUCGCAUGCACCCUGGCCGCAUGUUUGGCCCUGUGCUCGAUGCUGCUGCUGCUGCUCACCCUGAUGCUGAUGCUGCUGGGGGGGAAGCAGUUGCAGACGGAGGGGCGGGAGGGGGCGGUGGGCAGGGAGGGAGGGGGAGCAAGGGGGGAAGGGGCCAGGCAGCGGAGUAUUUCUUGAGUGUGUGCGAUCGUGACAGCAGCAACGACACAUGCUACGAUUACUCAGGGCGGUCACUCAAUACCUAUGCAUGCAAGGUGGACCCGCGGGAGGCCACAAGCGGGGCACGGCCGGGGCACAAUCUAGGCAGUGCAGUGGCAGUGUACCCGCUGGCAGCAGUGCAUGCAGGGCUGUACCGGCGGGGACUGGUGAUGGUGCUGACAGGGGACGAGUGCCCGCAGACUAACAUGCCUCGCGAGACCAACCUCACCUUCAUCUGUGACCCCGCUGCUGGUCACGGGCAGCCGGAGGCAUGGACGGAGGAAGGGCAGAUGGCAGCGCUGAACCCGGUGCUGGGGUACCCGCAGUAUGUGCAACGGGGAGGAGCGGUGCAGCGCAUAGAGCACAGCGACUGCUCGUUCAGCCUGGUGUGGUACUCGCUGUUUGCGUGCCCGCUGUGCUCGCACGAGGACUAUGAGCGCGUGGAGACGGCAGAGUGCAUGGAUGAGAAGAGGGCCACCUUCAAGUGGAAGUCGCCCCGGGUGUGUCAGCUGAACCCGUCCAACCCUUUACCCCCAGACGAGCCAUGUGAGCCGUGCAAGCCAGGCGACAUCAUCCGCACCCAGGGGGACUGCACCGACGCCAACGGCAACCGCAACGUCACCUACGCGUGGCGCCAGCCGCACCACUGCACCCCCACUCUCCCCGGCGCUGCCCCCCUGCCGGCACCGGAGCUGGUGGGCCCGUGUGAGCAGCGGUGGGUGUAUGUGCCCUCGGAGGCGCUGUCUCCCAUGUGGAUUGCGCUGUUUGUGGGCCUGGCAGUGCUCAUUGUGGGGUUUGGGUAUCUCUCGCUUGUGACGUGGCUGCGCAGCCGUCGAUUGCGGCAGAUGUAUCAACGGCUGUUACUCGCGCAGUUCCUCGUUCGGCCGCGUUUGGCGGGCAGGAAGGCGGGCAUGGGGGUGGGCGACGCGCUGGUGAUCCAGACAGCGCUCAGCGUGACUCUCGCGUCGGCGGCGCGGCGAGCGGGGUGGAUUAGCUACCACCCGGAGAGGAUACGCAACGAGAACGUGCGCAAGGCGGUGGACGUGGCGAUGUGGGUGGGCGACGGCAUCACUGCGCUGGGCUGUGCGGUGAUCGAUGCCGUGAAGAAGAUGGCAGGGCGCGGAGGAAACAGGCUGGGCCGCCAGUGA